AUGAGUAACUCAAACCAUGUCAACACGCCCUCAAUACCACUGACGGAAAGUCCCGCUCAGCACCAACACUACCCGAUCGCCAAGCAACAUGUUCCCAGCAAUGUAGUGGCCGUCUUCAUUGCGCGAUUUGAUAGGACUUCGGGUAACACUAUCGAGUGGCAACAUCCAGAAGAGAUUGAUUUGGAUGGGGUCGAAUAUCAAUGCAUUUGCAGCGGUCUUCAUCGUGUCGAAACAGAUACCAUCUAUUUUACCAAACAAAAUCGCUUUGGUGUUAGCGUGUUUCGAAAGGAGGAUGCGGAUGAGAGUGAACGGGGAGCAACGAUGAGAGCAGUGGGCGUCUUGAUCGAGUCCUACGACGAGCAAGCUGGUCAUUGUCCUUAUGCAUGGGUUCAUGGUCGAUCGUUGACGUUGUUGGACCCAUUUACACAGCCAAACAUCCACCAGACAUUGAAGGAUUAUUACAUGCAACAUCGCCUCGAGCAUCGUCUUCCCGAUUUGGAAACAUCAGCUCCAGUCCCAUGGGCACGUGCGGCACGUCAUGGAUUUCAACCAGAUGCAUUGCUCUUUGACAAUCACCUUUCCCGGCAUCUCUUUGAAAAGCUUGGCGAAGCUGCUCCUCAACCCAUUGAACCUAUUCCAUACACAGCUUCACUCCCUUUCCUCGUCGCUCAGCUGGGUCCUCAAAUCUUUGUAUUAUGGAAAGCAGCAUUGCUAAGGAAACGGAUCUUGUUUUUGACCGAGCCACCCAUGGAAAGAGCUUGCGGAUAUGUGUAUGACACCUUUUUAUUGGGCAUCGUCUCCAAUGGAUUCAAGACCGAACAACGUUUCCAUCCAAAGUAUACAGUUGGCGUCAAUGACAUUGUUGAUUUGUACGGAUAUCCUCAUGGAUACGUUGCUUGCACAUCCGAUGCUAUUUUUGAAAGCAAAACCGAGAUCUAUGAUCUUCUUGUUACACUUCCAAAGAUGGAUGCAGCUGGUCAUGGAAUAUUUUCACCACCCAAAUUUCAUUCAACAGACCCUGAUCUUUCUUCACGACACAACGCAGCUGAUGUGAUACGAUUUCGAUCAGUUGUGAGACAAUUGUUCGACAAGGCACGAGGAAUGGGAUUUGCAGAGGAUAUGGAACCACAAUUGGGUCAUGCUCUUGAACAUCAAGGUGAUUUGUGGGAUGCUAUCAGUAUGGCCACUUUCCAAAUGACAUUAUGGUGGUACCGACCACAACCAAAAUCUUCAACAGUAUCCAACGGCUUCAUCCAUAACAACAACAACAAUGUAUCAUCAUCAUCAUCACCACCAUCGUCAUGGCAGAGAAUAUUUGCUGGCAAUGCACCCCGAGGCUAUCGUAAAAAGAUGACCCACAAUAUACCAAUGGAUCCAGAGGAACAAGAGACACUGUUAUUGGGCGAUAGUGAUGCGCUAGCGGAUGAGGAGCAAGAUGCACCGGAGCUCAACAACAAUGAAGUCUUUGACGCAGUGGUUGCUCGAGCGUCGAAUGAACAUGGACGAUCCUCGAAUGAUGUUCAUCAAUACAGUCCACCUGCAGGUGUCCUUGAGCAAUUGACGGGAGCAUUAGCUGGCUUCUUUCACACGCUUUCUGUUCAAGUAUUAACCCGACUGGAUACCCUAUUAUCUGCCAAUGAGAGCGAUCAAGGUGGCACCAUUGUUCUCUACCCAAAAGAUUUGGUGCAUCUAGGAUUACAUCCUCGAGAAGACGCUACGUUUGUGAUCUUGCUAGCAUCGAGAUACUUUGACAAGGAUGUUAAAGUAGCAACCAUGUGCGAUACAUCAUGUAGCUGUUGUUGUCCUUCUUCAUCCACAAGCAAUGAUGGUGCAUUAAGGAUCUAG